UGCAAAUUUAGUUCCUCAGCUCUAUCGGAGCAGUUUAGUAAGAUAUUUUUCAAAUGCAUUUUACUGUGGAUAGUGUAUGUGUAUUUCUAUGAGUGGACAAUAGGGAGAACAACCUUCCCAAGUGUACAAAGCAUAACUUUGUGAAAGUCAUGUAAAAACGUGAAAAAAAGUUUUGUAAAAGUGAAAUCAGUGUACAUGACUUGUUUGAUAAUAGGAAUUAAUGCAUUUUAUUUCUUCUAAUAAAUGAUUAUAGACCUUGUAACAACAGAACUUAUAAUCGCGGAAUAUGAUCACCAGUUGGUGGUCAUGGAUAGCCCUAGUGGCAAUAGCUUAUACGGCACAAGGUCAGAGCAGCCAGUUUGAGCUGUCCAUCGUUCACAUCAAUGACUUUCACGCUCGGUACGAGGAAAUAAACGCAGCUGGUCACACCUGUAGCCCCCAGGAUGGGGACAUCUGCAUGGGAGGAUAUGCUCGUACUGUAACAAUAGUGAAGCAGCUGCUUGCCAGUAGGACCAAUCCCAUUUAUCUGAACGCAGGCGAUAACUUCCGUGGAACCAUGUGGUACAACAUUCACCGUUGGAAUGCUCCGGUGGAAUUCUUGAACAUGGUGCCGGCCGAUGCGAUGACCAUCGGGAGCAACGAGUUCGCCCAUGGAGUCGAAGGGGUUGUUCCAUUCUUGAACUUCAUCAAUUCCACAGUGCUGUUAGCCAAUGUGGACAACAGAGACGAGCCAACGUUCCACAAAUAUCAAAAAUCAUUGAUCAUCGAACGAAGUGGGCGCAAAAUUGGGCUGAUUGGAGUCAUGUCCAAGCCUAGAAAUUCGAAUGUGGGAAAUCUGAUGUUUACUGAUGUCACGGAAACUGUACGAGAGGAAGCCGAAGUGUUGAAGCAACAAGGUGUGAACAUCAUCGUAGUGAUUUCGCACUGUGGAAUAGACGAGGAUAAGAACAUGGCUGAAAGUGUUGGUCCAGAGGUUGAUAUCAUUGUUGGUGGACGUUCGCACACGUUUUUGUACACUGGUCAGCAUCCGGAUAUUCCAGAUGUGGCGGAGGGUGAAUAUCCGACGGUUGUAACGCAGCAAAGUGGACACAGGGUGUUGAUCGUUCAGGCAGGAUUGUAUUCCAAGUUCGUGGGUGAUAUUGUGCUAUUCUUCGAUGACGCUGGAAUUAUUCAACGAUGGGAGGGUAACCCAGUGUACGCAGGAGCAAACGUAGAACCAGAUCCCUUAGUUGUGGAAGCCUUGAUCCCGUGGAAGCAAUCCCUCGAUGAAGCAAUCAGCCGUCACGUUGGAUACACAGACGUAGAUCUAUCCGAUGCGGAUUGCCGUUCUGGUGAGUGUAAUCUGGGUAGUCUCAUCGCUGAUUCCAUGGUGGCAGCCUUCGUUCCGUCGGCCCAACCUGGUCACUGGACGUACGGUGCCAUUGCCUUGAUGCCGGUCAGCGAUAUUCGUAUGAAUAUUUCGAAAGGAGAUGUCAACUUCGGUAACGUUCUGGACGUGCUACCUUAUGAAAACUAUCUAGAAUGCGUCGAGAUACGCGGUGACUAUCUGCUGGAAGUGCUGGAGCAAUCCGUGGCAGCUUCAUUUGACGGAGACCGAUUCUUCUCAGCCGAUAUGCUGCAGGUGUCAGGACUCAGAGUCAAAUACGACGUCAACAAACCCAUUGGAGAGCGAGUUGUUUCCUUGGGUGUCUUGUGCAGCGAUUGCAUGACUCCUUCGUUCCGUCCGUUGAAUCCUUUCAAAUAUUAUCGGGUGAUAACGAACGCCUAUACGGUGGCCGGCGGCAAAGGAUUCCUGCAAUUUUCGCAGCGUGGACGUAACAAGGUGGCUGGACCGUUGGACAACGUGGCUCUCGAAGACUACCUGAGACAGAGAUCACCGGUGACGCAGGGAGUGGAUGGGAGAAUUGAGAUACUAAUAUAGAUAACUGAAUGAACAAUAUACACUCAACUGAAGUAUUUAGAAAAGUUUAAUAAAAUGAUGUAAAACAAUGUCCUUCCAUGAU